GAAAGGGCGGCUAUGCUGCCGUAUGUAGCGUGUUAGCCACUGGUUAGCAGCGGCACAACCGGGAUGUUCACGCCUAAUACUCCAGCCAAGGCGGAUGAAAGAUUAGAUUUGAUGCACAAAGUCUUUCGUUCCGAUGUUUCCUGUCUAACUUGGCGGAGCACGGGGUGGGGAGUGUUUAUUGUUACUAAGAUAAGCGGCUUCGUUAGCCGGGGACUGGAAAGAGCGUGAUUAAUAUUAGCUACAUGAUGGUUUCCGUAGAAGUAAAAUGGCACCUGGAUGCUUGAAUGAAUUGUGAAAUGGGAGAUUGCCAGGUGACCGACAAUGGCUGUGAACGUCUACUCAACGUCUGUGACCAGUGACAACCUCAGUCGUCAUGACAUGUUGGUCUGGAUUAAUGAGUCUCUUCAGAUGAACCUCACCAAGAUUGAAAUGUUGUGCUCAGGUGCCGUCUACUGCCAAUUUAUGGACAUGCUGUUCCCCAACUCUUUGCCCUUGAAAAGAGUUAAAUUCAGUGCCAAGCUGGAGCAUGAAUAUAUUCACAAUUUCAAGCUUCUACAGGUUGCCUUCAAAAAGAUGGGAGUCGACAAAAUCAUUCCAGUAGACAAACUGGUGAAGGGAAAGUUCCAGGACAAUUUUGAAUUUGUCCAGUGGUUUAAGAAGUUCUUUGAUGCCAACUACGAUGGGAAGGAGUAUGAUCCAGUUGAGGCGAGGCAGGGACAGGACGCGAUGCCCACACCAACUGCUACAUCAGCUCUCAGCAAGCCCCCUAAAAAAGCUGUCAGUCAAGCUCCUGUCAAGCCACCUGUUGCCAAAGUAGCACCCAAGUUGGCUCAAGUCAAAGAAAGAAAACCAGCAUCAGGAGGUGCUAAUGAAGAGAGGGCCGAGCUUCUGAAUGAGUUGGAGGUGCUAAAAUCUACCAUUCAGGACAUGGAAAAAGAGAGAGACUUUUAUUUUGGCAAGCUGCGGAACAUUGAACUAAUUUGUCAAGAGAAGGAAGGAGAGGGUGACCCCACGCUGCAGAGGAUCAUAGACAUUCUCUACGCCACAGAUGAGGGGUUUGUGAUACCUGAUGCAGAAGAGCAGGAGGAAUUUUAACAUUCAAGACAGCAGGCAGCCUGUUCCUUAGAUGCCCUGGUCUCAAAGCCACCUAGAGAUGCUUCCUCAAGUCAAGACAGUUUGGAGUUAAAAAUAUCUAAUGCCAGACUCGAUCCUGACUUGUGUUCCCCCCACCCCCCACCCCCCCCCCUGCUCCAGCCCGACCUGUUGGACUUUCUCUAGCCUUCAACCUAUUUUACAAACAUGUACGUCAUAUAAUUGACAAGCCUCAGUCACCUCUUUCUCUCUUGCGUGUGUGUGUGUGUGUGUGUGUGUGUGUGUGUGUGUGUGUGUGUGUGUGUGUGUGUGUGUGUGUGUGUGUGUGUGUGUGUGUGUGUGUGUGUGUGUGUGUGUGUGUGUGUGUGUGUGUGUGUGUGUGUGUGUGUGUGUGUGUGUGUGUGUGUGUGUGUGUGUGUGGCUAUAAGAUUUAGAAAUGAAUUGGAAUCUAAUGAAACAGUGAGUCUCCUGUGAACAGCUGGUAUCAGUUCUACAUCCACUUUGUCUCUAACCUCAGUUUUUGGUUGUUCAAGGCCAAAUUUGACAGUUGACAUCCAAUUGUAAUCUUUUAAAAGAUGGCACAUGCACACGUCGAACAUUCCCAGCUAGAGGACAAAAUCCUUUUGUAAUGAAGAAAACCUGAAGAUGUCACAUCGUGCUUUAACUUUUACACAUGUGUAUACUGAGGCUUUCCCACGUUCACUCAAUGUGCUGUUGGAGAGAUUUGGCUUUUCUUCCCAACGUCAGGAACAAGAGCUCCAGUAUGUCAAGAUGUGGAGAUUUGAAUGAAUCAGCAGUUGUUUUGCCCCUGUCGUGCUUCUUCUCAACCUUAAUGUUCACAUUUCAGGCUCACUAAAGGUUCAUAAAUUUCCAGAAAAGCAGCAAAACCCAUUUAGAUAAAAUGCUGGGAGCUUUCACAUUUGCGCUCCAGGGUUAGUAAAAAGUGAGUGAGUGCGUACAUUUUGUCUUGAUGUCUGUUUUAAAGCAAAUGCACUGUUUCAUACCAGUAGCCCUUAACCAGCCCCCAGGCAGUAAGACACAGGCCUGGGCGGUGAUGGAAUCACAGCCUCAUGACAAACACUGUGACUGACUCCAUGUAGCUGCAGUAACAACCAUCUGAUCAUUGCAUGGCUGAAAUGUUAAAGUGGCUCUUAAUCUUUUUCGUUUUGGAUUGUGUUGUUGAGCGCCCUCCUCAGUGUUCUCUCUCUCUCUCCCUCUCUGUAUAUAAAUGUAUAAUGGAGGGAGGCAGGGAGCAGGUUUUACUGUAUGCUAUGAAUCAGAGACAAGUUUUUCCACUGUAUUUUGUAAACUGUCAUGUUUGAAUGUUUGACAUCUUUGUACUUGAAACAACACGUGAGUGUUGAUUCACACAAACAUAGUUAAAUGCAAAAUCUUGGAACAAACAUCUAAGGCCUUAUGACAUUUUUUUCAGAAGGAAACACUUUUCCUAACUUGGAUUUAUCGUGUUUGGGCGAAUGUUUGUACUCUUACAAUCGUGUUUGUGAUGUGCUGAUAAUAAACAAGUUUGAAGGGUAAAACCAGA